AUGUCGAAGGCGGUCUUUACUUUUGCCACUCUCAUGAUCCUCCAUGGAGGUACAGCAAAUCCCAAUUACCCCGAGCUCAAUCCAGAGCUUGAAAUCUACCAGGACAUAACUCGGCAGUUGCCACUGACCGAGGCCUGGUACAUGCUGUACAGGAACUACGAAGAAGACCCAGCAUUCGGAACUUCUAAAUGCGUAAGAUUCUCUCAGGUGAAACCUGAAGAGGAGGGUGGAUAUCCGGUCAUGGUUGAGUAUGGAGAUGGGAUGCAGUCGGCGAAUGCGCUUAUCAGGCUAGAGUCAGCUGAAGGAUAUACUUCCAAGAAUCAGUUGAACUAUUUCCCUGAGGGCCAAGAAGACUCACUGACCCUAUACUUGUCUUUUAUGGAUGUUGGAAAGUGCUCCCUCUACAGGAACAUUUACGUCAAGGAAGAUGCCUGCUGCGUCGUCGUUGCGAAGAGCCAACUUGGAGAAAGAACAUACUGCGAUUUCGCUUACGACCUUCUGUGUGGAACCAACAAAUAUAAUAUCUCCGACGGCAGUUGUCAAAGUGAAGACUGA